AAUAUAAUUUUAUACUUUAUAAUAAUGAAAAUAUGCGAUGUUUGUAUUUUAAAUUACUAUUUUGAACACCCAUUUCAAUGCAUCCAUGUAAUAGGGACAUUUUCGUUUGUCUAGUUUAUAUUAAAAAGUUCUUAUUUUGUCUAUAACCUAUCGUUGCAAUCGUAGAACUAUAGAAAUAUAAAAAAAUGAAUAUAAACAUAUAAAAAAAUCGAGAAUAUUUUAACUUAAUAAUAUUUAAAUGAAUAUUAUGAAAAAAUUAAGUAUUGUGUAUUCUUCAAUGUUUCCWUUUAUAAAAUACAAAAAAGUUCUAUCACUCAUAGAACAUAAAAUAUUGAAUGUAUAAGAGAGGUUAGGUUAAACUUGAUUAUGGCUGAAGGAAAGGAGGACUUUGAUGUUAAUGAAGUUUUUGAAAAAUUAUUAUUUGCUGAAGAUAAAGCACAAGAAUCUGCUUAUGCGGAUGGAUAUCAAACUGGAAAAAAUAGAUUAUUACAAGGAUAUCAUUUAGGAUAUCAUAGAGCAACUAUAGUUGCUGCACAAUUAGCUAAAUUAAAACGUGGUGUACAUCCARAAAUGAACUUUCUUGAUUUUUAAAAUCAAUUUUAUWUUGGAUUGUAUUAAAAAUUAUUUUACAAGAUGAUUCAUUAUGAGGAACAUUUUUCUAAAAUAAUCGAUUUUUUGAAUUUAUAUCAGCAAUUAAUUGAUUGUCAUUUAGUUGACUUUAUCAGUCAUAAAUUGUGGGAUAAAUGUUUACCAGAAUUAUUAAAAUUAGAAUUGGAAAACAUUGAAACGACUAACGAUAUUUGGAAAGAAAAUGAAAACGUUAGUCGAUUAAAUGAAUUUAUACGAAUGACUAAAUCAUUGUCUUUGCAAUCAUGUCCAAUGAUAUUGAAUUAUAAAGAUAUUCCAGAAUGUUUAAAUUUAAAUUUAAAUCUGGAUAAUCAAGAAUUGAAUGUUGAAACAAAUAACAAAGRUGUUGGAUUUAUGAGUGAAAAAAAAUGUCACGAAGUGGAAACACUUGGUCGUGUAAUUGGACAAAUAGCAAAAUCAACUGAAAGUUUGGUAAUAGAUGCAGGCGCUGGAAAAGCUUAUUUGUCUGCAUAUUUAUCGGAUAAUUACAAAUUACCUGUACUUGCAAUCGAUUCAUCAGAUCUUUGAAACAGAGGAGCCUUAACUGGACUGCAUACGUGCGGAUCUUUAGCUCAUUCUAUUAUAAAUGUCUUCCUGCAUAAUAGUAAUUUUAAAAUUAUAUGUUUUGUACCUUGUUGUUAUCAUUUAGUCAACGAAUCGUUUAGCAAAAGAAUGACAUUUUCACGAAAUGCCAGAAUGUUGGCACAAAAGUGUAUAGAAAGAACUAAAAAAACCAAAUUUUUGUCACCAACGUUGUUUUACAGAGCAUUGUUACAAGUACUUUUACAUUCUAUGGGUAAAAAUGUUCAUCUAUAAUUAAUAUAAUUAAUUACAAUUAAAUUUUGCCAGAUUUAGAUUAGGGAAUGAAUGGAGGGCAAGCAGAUAUUGGAUAAAAGAAGAUGAGAAAAUCAUGUGCAGACUAUGUGGGACAGAGAAAGAAACAGGAGUGCAUGUAAUGAAGGAAUGCAAUUACUUGGAAACGGAAGAAAGGAUAGAAGAGCUGAUGGGAGAAGAAGGAAAGGGGAUUGAAUGGAUGAAUGAACUAAUUAGAAGGAGAGAGCAGCGUUAAGAAGCAGUAGCAGAAAGAAGUUGUAAAUAAAUGUGUAUAUGUAAAAAUGUAAAAUGUUAUUAAAUAAGUAUUAUAUUAAAAUGGUGUCGGCGUACCCUAUGUAUCCCGAAAGGGAGUCAUUAUUUUGAAUAAAAAAAAAAUUACAAUUA